GGAAUGUUGCUUUAGAGUUCUGACUUACUUCAGAGAGUGAUGCUGGAAACUUAAUAAGGGGCUGCACUGAGAGGCUGGACCCCCGGAGGGCUGGCCCCAAAUCCUGACUGCCCUUCUUCUAGGAGGACACACGCAACUGAAGAUGAAUUGGGAAAAAGUAGCUACUUGUUACUUUAACUAUGGAAAAGCAGGGCCACGGUGAGAUGGAAAUAAUCUCCCCAGAUUCUCGCUCCCGCAUUAAGUUGCUGAAAAUCAACCGGGAACUUCUGGUCACCCACAUCCAUAACACUCAGUGCCUGGUGGACAACUUGCUGGAGAAUGACUACUUCUCAGCUGAAGAUGCGGAGAUCGUGUGUGCCUGCCCCACCCAACCCGACAAGGUCCGCAAGCUUCUGGACCUGGUACAGAGCAAGGGUGAGGAGGUAUCCGAGUUCUUCCUCCACGUGCUCCAGCAACUCACAGAUGCCUUCGUGGACCUCAGGCCUUGGCUGUUGGAGAUCGGCUUCUCCCCUUCCCCGCUCAUUCAGAGCAAAGCAGUAGUCAACACGGACCCAGUGAGCAGGUACACCCAGCAGCUGCGCCACCACCUGGGCCGCGACUCCAAGUUCGCGCUGUGCUACGCCCAGAAGGAGGAGCGGCUGCUGGAGGCCAUCUACGUGGACACCGUCAUGGAGCUGGUGGGCUUCGGCCACGAGAGCCUGGGCAGCCUGGGCAGCCUGGCUUGCCUCCUGGACCACACCUCGGGCGUCCUCAACGAGCAGGGCGAGACCGUGUUCGUCUUCGGCGACGCCGGGGUGGGCAAGUCCAUGCUGCUGCAGCGGCUGCAGAACCUCUGGGCCACGGGCCGGCUGGACGCGGGGGUCAAGUUCUUCUUCCACUUCCGCUGCCGCAUGUUCAGCUGCUUCAAGAAGAGCGACACGCUGUGUCUGCAGGACCUGCUCUUCAAGCACUUCUGCUACCCGGAGCAGGAGCCCGGGGAGGUGUUCGCCUUCCUGCUGCGCUUCCCCCACACGGCCCUCUUCACCUUCGACGGCCUGGACGAGCUGCACUCGGACUUGGACCUGAGCCACGUGCCGGACAGCUCGUGCCCCGGGGAGCCCGCGCACCCCCUGGUCCUGCUGGCCAGCCUGCUCAGCGGGAGGCUGCUCCGGGGCGCCGGCAAGGUGCUCACGGCCCGCACGGGCACCGAGGUCCCGCGCCGGCUGCUGCGGAAGAAGGUGCUCCUGCGGGGCUUCUCCCCCAGCCACCUGCGCGCCUACGCGCGGAGGAUGUUCCCGGAGCGCGCGCUGCACGAGCGCCUCCUGGAGCAGCUGGAGGCCAACCCCAACCUCUGCAGCCUGUGCGCCGUGCCCCUCUUCUGCUGGAUCUUCUUCCGGUGCUUCCGGCACUUCCAGGCCACCCUGGACGGCUCGCCGCGCCUGUCCGACCGCGCCGUGACGCUGACCGACGUCUUCCUGCUGGUCACCGAGGUGCACCUGAACAGGGCGCAGCCCCGCAGCCUGGUGCAGCGGAACACGCGCAGCCGGGCCGCGACCCUCCGGGCCGGCCGCGACACGCUGUGCGCGCUGGGGCAGCUGGCCCGCUGGGGCACGGAGAGGAGCCUCUUCGUCUUCGGCCAGGAGGAGGUGCGGGCCUCCGGGCUGCAGGAGGGAGACCUGCAGCUGGGCCUCCUGCGGGCGCUGUGGGAGCCGGGCCCCGGAGGGGACGAGCCGGCCUACGAGUUCUUGCACCUCACCCUCCAGGCCUUCUUCACGGCCUUCUUCCUCGUGCUGGACGACAGGGUGGGCACCCGGGAGCUGCUCCGGUUCUUCCAGGAGUGGGCACCGCCUGGGGAGUCGGAGGCCGUGUCCUGUUAUCCCCCCUUCCUCCCUCUCCAGUGCCUGGGGCGCAGCAGCCUGGCCAAGGAGGACCCCUUCAAGAAGAAGGACCACUUUCAGUUCACCAACCUCUUCCUUUGCGGGCUGCUAUCCAAGGCCCAGCAGAAGCUUCUGCGGCACCUGGUGCCCGAGGCGGCCCUGAAGAGGAAGCGCCGGGCCCUGUGGACGCACCUGUCGUCCAGCCUGCGGUCCUACCUGAAGAGCCUGCCCCGAGUCCACAGCGACGGCUUCAGCCAGGUGCAGGCCAUGCCCACCUUCCUCUGGAUGCUGCGCUGCAUCUUCGAGACGCAGAGCCAGAAGGUGGGGCAGCUGGCGGCCAGGGGCAUCUGCGCCAACUACCUCAAGCUGACCUACUGCAACGCCUGCUCGGCCGACUGCAGCGCCCUGUCCUUUGUCCUGCACCACUUCCACAAGCGGCUGGCCCUGGACCUGGACAACAACAACCUCAACGACUACGGUGUGCGCGAGCUGCAGCCCUGCUUCAGCCGACUCACCGUGGUCAGACUCAGCGUUAACCAGAUCACUGACGGUGGGGCAAAGGUGCUGUGUGAGGAGCUGACCAAAUACAAGAUCGUGACAUAUUUGGGUUUAUACAGCAACCAGAUCACUGAUGUUGGAGCCAGGUACGUCGCCCAAGUCCUGGAUGAAUGCCAGAGCCUCACGCACCUCAAACUGGGAAAAAACAAAAUAACCAGCGAAGGAGGGAAGUGUCUGGCCCUGGCUCUGAAGAACAGCAGGUCGAUCUCUGAGAUUGGGAUGUGGGGCAAUCGAAUCGGGGACGAAGGAGCUAAAGCCUUCGCAGAGGCUCUGCAGGGCCACCCCAGCCUGGCCACCCUGAGCCUCGCAUCCAACAGCAUCUCCACAGAAGGCGGAAAGAGCCUUGCGAGGGCCCUGCAGCAGAACACGUCCCUGAGGAUAUUCUGGCUGACCAAAAAUGAACUCAAUGAUGAAGUGGCUGAGAGUAUGGCAGAAAUGUUGAAAGUCAACCAGACGCUGCAGCAUUUAUGGCUUAUCCAGAAUCAAAUCACAGCCAAGGGGGUUGCCCAGCUGGCAGAUGCAUUGCAGAAGAACACCGGCAUAACGGAGGUUUGCCUGAAUGGAAACUUGAUAAAGCCAGAGGAGGCCAAAGUCUUUGAAGAUGAGAAGCGGAUUGUCUGUUUCUGAGAGGAUAUUUUCCUGUGCUUGGGGUCUCUGCCCUGGGAGUCUUCUCAAGACAUAAGGGGGCCUGCUGAAGGGAGGCUUCAGGAGUCCCCUGCCUCCCUGAUGCAAAUCAACCUCUGGUGCAGAUGCUCUGAUUGGCAAACUUCCUAAGGAGCUGUUACAAUUUUGCAGAAAAGGGAUGUGUCUUGUGAGCUGUUGUAGUUACUGUAAAUACACUCUGAAGAGACUUUAUUGCAAAUCUAUAACUAUUUUUAUCUGAAGCUAGAGGAAUAAGGCUUUGAGGAGGAUAGAGGCCAGCCUCAGCGUCUGCCCUAAGGACCCUUGGGAGCGAGUUGGUCACUGCUGUUUUCAUCGAGAGUUGAGAACUUGAUGCAAUACUGGUGCCAAGCUUUUUGGAAAAAAGGUGCUUGAUGGAUACAAAGUGUUUACCUGAAAUACACUCUUCCUUCCAGUGCUUC